AUGCCCGGAAUUGACAUAGCCGUCAUCGAACAGUGCCUCAAUGUGGACCCCAAGGCAAAAAAGAUCAAGCAAAAGCGUCGCAGCUUCAGUGCAGAGAAGUAUGCAGCCAUCGUCGAAGAGAUAGACCAGCUCCUGGCUGCGGGGUUCAUUAGGGAAGUCCACUAUCCCGAGUGGCUUUCCAACGUGGUCCUGGUCAAGAAGCAUCUCACCGAUCUUCGAGAAGCCUUCGCAGUGCUAAGGAAAUAUAAGAUAAAGCUUAACCUGCAAAAGUGUGCCUUUGGUGUCAAGUCGGGAAAGUUCUUGGGCUUCAUGGUCUCAGAACAUGGAAUUGAGGCCGACCCCAAGAAGGUCAAUGCAAUAAUGGACAUGCUGCCUCCACGAACGAUCAACGAGAUCCAGAGGUUGGCAGGAAAAGUGGCUGCCCUGAACCACUUCAUCGUAAGGUCAACCAAUCACUGCCUUCCUUUUUUCAGGGUCCUAAAAAAGGCACAAGAGUGGGAUGACGAGUGCAGUUGGGCCUUCAGUGAACUAAAAGAGUAUUUUGCCUACCCACCACUUCUUAGCCACAUCGAGCUGAGGGAAGACUUGACUAUAUACCUGGCAAUGACCCCGAACGUCAUGUCUACUGUCCUAGGGUGCACAUCGUCACUUGGGGAGGAGCAUAACUAUGCAAUCAAGCUUGGUUUCAAAACUACCAACAACAAGGCGGAGUACGAGGCGUUACUAGCAAGAAUGAUAGUAGCAAGGUCAUUGGGAGCUACCGAGGUCGAAGUCAGGGCCAAUUCGCAGGUGGUGGUUAGCCAGGUCACGGGGCAGUUUGCCAUUAAAGGAGAGAAACUGAAGAAGUACCUCCAGUAG